ACAGCACGGGGAGGUGGAAUCUGUGCUUUGCAUUUCAUUCAAUGAAAAGCAAUCAAAGUGAGCAGGAACUGGUCCACGCGUAGCCUCAGAGGGUUUAAUCAUCCAACAGUAUUGAGUGGUGUCACAUUCAACCUCAUUCCGGGACACGCGAGUGCAGCAGCCUGACGUGCAUUCGAUAUCAUUAUAUUAUCCAAUGUAUGUUUGUUACCAUGAAUUCAUUUUUUUUUUAAAGGGGUCCAAAGAGCGCUGAUUCGGUCUGAUUAGCCUUCUCCAACCAGACGGGGAUUACAGCGUUUUAGUCCGUAAUUAUUAUUACAGCAGACGCCAGCAGAGAGAGAGAGAGAGAGAGAGAGAGAGAGACCCAGGAAACAGCAGCAGGAGAACAGGACUAUCCUCCAGAGUCCGUGCCACGACGCGGACCCACGCUCUCCCCUCCCGGCAGAGCUGCCUCUCUGCGCCGAUAACAAGCAUCCCUCUUCUGCUCAAGAUGGCGGUGCAGGCUGCGGGAAAGGAUGGAAUAUCCCCGGUAGUGAAGAACGUGGAGGAUGAAGACCUGAACCAGUCGCUGGGGAACCCCGGCCUCAUCUCCCCCGACAAGGAGGACGUAUCGCGUCAGCUGUCGGUGCCGUUCAGCGGGCGCAUCCGGGGCGCCAUGCGGCCAGGGAAGAAGAUCAUCGUGAUGGGCAUCGUGGAUCUGGAGCCAGACAGGAUUGACGUGAGCCUGACCUGCGGCCGAGACUCGGAGAAGGAGGGGACUCCGCACGACGUGGCCCUGAAACUCACCGCCCGCUUCGCCGACCGCCAGUUCCUGCGCAGCGCCCGCAUCUCUGGGAAGUGGACGGGGGAGGAGGCGUCCACCGCCUACUUUCCCUUCAUCCCCGAUCAACCUUUUAGGAUUGAGAUCCACUGCGAGCACCAGAGGUUCCGGAUAUUCGUGGACGGACACCAGCUCUUUGACUUUUACCACAAAGUGAAAUGUUUCUCCUCCAUCGACACGGUCCAGAUCCAAGGAGACCUCCUGAUCACCAAGCUCGGUUAACGCGCCUCCUGCUCUGCCAACCUGUUGCGUCAUCACCGAUAACCCAUCAUGCAACACUGCGGCAAGCGUAACAACCUGGAUGAAAAAAGGGCUCCGAGUCGACAGUUCUUCGGCUACGUUUUCAUUCACUUCUUUUUCUAUUUAAGAUGCUUUUUGAGAGAUUUAUUGUGUGUGUUUCUCUUUGUAGUUUUUGUCAGAUCAGGGAUCUCGCAGCUUAUUAAAUGGCACAGUAUUUUUUUUCAUGCCGAGGUAAAGAACCCAGUUACUCAGGAACCAACAUCGGACCCUGAGCGGAUGACAAGUUGCUUAUGGGUGCAAAUCUAAUUUAGAUGUUUUAAUUCUGCAACUCUUUUAAAACCUUUUGGAUAAACUGGAAAAUACAUGUUGAUCAAGCUAAAAAAAAAAUAUAUAUAUAUAAAAAAAAAAAAAGGACUGCAAGAUUCUGCAGAAUUCGAUUGGACCUUCUUUUUUUUUUUUAAAUAUCCAACUCGUGGCCCACGAACGUGAUUUUCAUAUCAGAUCAAACCGUUUUUUAAAGAAAAACAUUGCAGAUUGUUGGACUCUUUCAGAUUUGCUGUAUUUAUUGUUGCAGUUAUCCUCUAAAAAGUAAAAUAGUCUGAUCACAGUAAGGAGAACAUCUGUUCUGAUGUUCCCCCCACACACACACACACACACUCAGCGGCCCCUCCCCUCCUUUGGUCUUAUCCCUGUUGUCACGGUAACACGCUGCAGUCUCACCGACCCAAAUCCCCCCCAAAUGAGGAUUAAAUCAUGGAAGCGUCCCGCACCGCACACUGCGUCUGUGUGUGUGUGUGUCGGUAGUGUUCUCCCCGAAGAUGGGCAUAAUUCUACUUCCUGCUCAGCCACGCGGGACGUUUCUGUUUCCUGUAAAAGAGGAAACCCUCGUCUGAAUCGAACGCUAAACCGAUAUGCAACUAAUUCUCAUUAACAAAAAGAAAAACAACGUGUGCAGGUGUUAAACUACCGCCCUUCAGCCCCUGGUGGUAUAUAGAAUGUAUAGUCUUCAUGUUUCUAUAGUAGCAUAGUGAUGACGCACAGGCUUAUGACUCACCGUCACAGUUCUCUGGCGGUACGGUCGGUGCCGUCAGUCCCAUUUACAGUCGGGUGGUUUUUUUUACGGCGUUUCCUGAAUCGUUCCACUUUGGUCCGCUCGGAGACGGACGCGUGAAACAGCUGCAUCAAAGCAGGUUCAACGUCUGAAGCAAAAUGCACAGCGAAAAAGCUAAAAUACUCUCAGUAUUACGAGUGCUACGCCUCUGUUUACACCUCUUGGAGGAGCAGCGCUCACACGCUGGUGUAUUUACGUUAUACAAUAUCACGUUAUGGAGUCGAUAUUGAACAAUGCAUCGGUUACUCGUGCUUUUUAUAGAUCGGUUAGAAGCCGUCGAGGAGAACGGCUUUUUGUAUUUGGGGAUGAUUUAGUUAUGAAUGUUGGUAAAACAUCAGUUCUGCGAAGCGCUACAGACGAAGCGAAGCGGGAUUUAUUUAUUUUAUUUUCCACCUGUCACGUUGUUCCUAUUAAUGGUUUGUAAUUAUACGAGUUAAGUGUUUAUGAACCGUCUUUAUUUACAACUUAUUAGAAAGGUAAAAGGUCGUCUGUAAAGUUGAAUGCUCUUCACGGUUCGAAGAAGACGUUUUGUUGUUGUUGUUGUUUUGUUUGUUUUACGCCUCAGUUUAGAUCCAAACAACCUUUUUCUGCUGCUGUGAACUUGGAGCAAGCCAUGACCUCUGCGCAGGCCACUCGGUGACCUUUGCUCUCACAUUAGUUGAAGCUUUCCUCGCGUUGAGACCUUACGAGCAAUAAGGCCGAGUUGGGACGCAAACAGGAAGUGAGUUUGGUCUGAGACGGCGGCGAGAGACGCAGAAGCUCUGCGGCGGUGCGACCGAAACAAAACGUGUACAAAUAAGAUGUGAUGUGUUGUUUUUUUAUACCGUUGUUUUUGUGUUCUUUCUAUUUACUGGUGACCAUCCAUUUGUAAAGUUACCUGUAAUAUUGUUACUGUACGCCACGUGAAGUGUGACCAUCGAGGACGCGUUAAAGAUCAGAGCUGCAGCGAUUAAUCGAUUAGUUGUCAUCCAUCGCAUUGAUUAACGACUAGCUUGAAGAUUCGGUUUGGGUC